CUGGAUACAACUUAUCUUGUGAGGUAGUCAGGAGAUUCAAGGAAAGAAGUUGCGCAUACCGUAGCAUAGCAUCAUUAUCGGCAGAAAACCGACGGAGGUGGUUGACCCCUCCCAUACAAGAUAACCACCUAUGAAUCCACCACGACCUCAACCACCACACCACUAAGACGUUAACAUCGACAACCUCACCUCAACCCUCAAACACAAACAGUACUGCCAUCAUGACCAUCUCCGACCUCAGCCCUCAAGUCUCCAUCCUCACGCCAGACCCCCCUACCACCCACCGCCUCAACGCGUGCGCCUACCAACAAAGCGCCCUCACCACCCUCGCCCACACGCAAUACGCCGCCUUCUACAACCCGACGCCCGACCCAACCACGCGCUUCCUCACCCUCGCGCGCCGCAAUCUCUCCGACCAAACCAGCGAAUGGCACCACCUCACCUUCACCGAUUACCCCCAGCGCACCGACGACGGCCACAACACCAUCUCCGUAGGCAUCUGCGCCGGCGACGGCACGAUCCACCUGGCCUUCGACCACCACUGCGACACCCUGCACUACCGCCUCUCCCAGCCGGGGCUGGCCUACGACCCCCGCAAGACCAGCUGGACAUCUGCCAGUUUUGGGGCGGUGCAAUCCCAUCUCCCAGGCUGCAGCACCCUGAGCGACGUGACCUACCCCCGCUUCAUCCCCGCCGGAGAGAACCUGUUCUUCGAGUGUCGCAUCGGACGAGCAGGCGCCGGCUCAGAAGCACUAUACCUCUACACCCCAGCGCCGAACACCACAUCCACAGAUACACCCACAGAUACAUUUCCACCCACACCCCCAAAUCUAGGAACAUACACCCCGCACCCCACGCCCCAAGCCCUCUACCUCCACGGCCAAGCCUGCAACCCCUACCCAAACGGCCUCUCCUUCCACGCCCCCACCAACAGACUCCACCUCACCUGGACGAACCGGCACUUUGUGGAAUACGAGGGGGCAGGGGACCCGACCUCCACGGCGCACAAAGCGCAGACGGGGCCGAACGGGCCCGAGAACAACGAGGGGCUGUACCAUGCUUCGGCCGAGAUCUACACUGACCCCUUGUACGCAGAGAGAGGCGUAAGCGUACGAUGGCGGGGUAGCCAUACCGCGAACGAGGUUCUUGCAUACGGUGUUUUCGGUGAGAAAUCCUUGGAGGAUGGGAAAGCGAUGACGGCGCUGGACUCCCAGGACCCCCGGCUCCGGGUUAGGCGGAUCCCCCGCGGGAGUGGGAUUAUGAA